AUGAGCGACUACAAACUGUCCGAGGAGCAAAUUGCCCAUUUCAUACGAUAUGGCUACCUGCGGGUGCCGGAAUGCUUCUCCCGUGACAAGGCGGCCGAAUGGACGGCGGACAUCUGGACCAGACUCGGGUUCUCACCCACCGACAAAUCAACAUGGACGACCGAAUGCACGCAUAUGCCGGAGCACAAGGAAGAGCCCGUGAAGACGUUCGCGCCUAAGGCGUGGGCCGCUAUAUGUGCGCUGCUCGGUGGGGAAGAGCGCCUCGAUGAAGAGUCGGCGACGUGGAACGAUGCGUUUAUCGUCAACCUGGGCACGGCGGAGAUGGAGGGCAAGUGGCCCCAUCCGGCUGAGUUGGAGGGAUGGCAUGUUGAUGGAGAUUCCUUCGUUCAUUUCCUCGACUCACCGGAGCAGGGGCUCUUGGUGAUCCCGCUGUUCAGUGAUAUUGAAGAGCACGGCGGUGGCACCAUGGUGUGCAUUGAUUCAGUGAGGGAAGUUGCAAAGUUUCUAUACCAUAACCCGCAAGGUGUGUCGCCGUACAUGAUCCCGCGAGGCAGGCAGCGUCGCAAGCUGAAAGAGGACUUUUAUGAUACCGUGCUUGAAAAAUGCGAUGAGUUCCAUGAAAUGACGGGCAGGGUGGGCGAUGUGAUCCUCUUACAUCCGUUGAUGAUGCAUUGCCAGUCUGUCAACAGCUUGAGGAUUCCGCGGAUUAUCACCAAUCCUCCGGUCUGUCUCAAAAAGCCUUUCAAUUUCGAUCGCGACGACGGGCUUUACAGUAUAGUGGAGAAAAAGACGUUGCACGACCUUGGCAAGGCGCGACUGCGCGGUUGGAAGAUCAAAGGAGGCCGGGACGAAGUCGUCCCCGAGCGUGUGCAGGAGCAUGAGAAGAUGAGACAGGAGGAGCUUGCGAGGCUCAGCCGAACCUGA